AUGUCCCACCCUAUCACCAAAUUCCAACCAUUCCCCAAUUUCUACGUCUACCGGCCAGGCUACAUGGUCGUUCCUCUGAUUCCCCUGGACGAGCUACCCUCCUGGAUCCAAGUCGGCGAUUUCGACUGGGGCAAUAGCUCGCUCUACGAGGCUAUGCUGCCCGCUAGCUUCAACUGCUUUCCACGAAUAGGUGAAUACGACGUUAUCUGCCAUCAUUGCUACAAGAACGUCGACAGCUACCACCGCAGCGUGUCUGAGAGAAGUGACAGCAAUGCCUCUUCUCGUGCAUCCGACCUUCCCAAGGGGCUUGCUGCUCAGUUGCCUGCGAAUUCUAUCUUGCUGGACCCCUCGUUUAAACUUGAGCAGCCGCCGUUUGGGGCAAAUUUGAAUGUUAGUCCGUUUGUUGGACUGUGCUUCUCUUCUCAGAGUUUGGGAAAGCUGUGUAAGUGUCUGUGCUGUUGUCGGGAUGAUCAGAGCGAUCAUGAUACUCCGCAUCCGCCGAACAACCAGACUCAGGAGGAUAACCAGACUCAGCAGAAUAACCAGACUCAGCAGAAUAACCAGACUCAGCAGAAUAACCAGACUCAGGAGGAUAACCAGACUCAGGAGGAUAACCAGACUCAGGAGGAUAACCAGACUCAGGAGGAUAACCAGACUCAGGAGAAUGAUCAGGAUCCCCCGUCUCAUCAGGAUACUCCUCCGCCUACGAAUCCACCUGCAAAAUCUCCUCCAGAAUCACCGGGUCAUUCGGAUCCUUCGGUGCAGCUUGAGGAGGGAACGCCUCUAGAUGAUUUGUCUCAUUUAGGCCAGGGAUCCAAGGCAAAGCAAGCGUCUCAAGCAACGCAGGCAUUCCCGACGAACGGGACUGAUCAGACGGACCAGGAAUUCGUGGCAUCUCUGAGAGAUCGAGCAGUCCAAAUAGGGCAUGCAGCCUUGUCAGGUCAGAACAGAGCUUCAGAUAUCGCAGUCUCUUCAACCUCUGGAUCUGUCGAAGAAGCCCGGUCUCAGACGAAUGGGGAAGAUGAAGCUGCAACUUCGGGAGACACUGGAAACAACUUCCUUGGGAGGAGGCGAGUGCCGCAUCGAGACGAACCGAAUCGCCGGGGUCGGUUAUUCGAAGGCGACGUGGAUCCUUCCCUAGGAAUAGGGCUUGGUAGUAUUGCUUCUAUUAUGGGAGGAUCAUCGGAGACUCCUGUCUCUACCACCGAGGAGCAACCUGGUAACCAGGGAGGUGAUCAGACACAGCAUGCUCAAACUGGCAUUUCAGAGGAUGGACUUGAUUGA